CCUUCCUGAAAGCCAAUGUGGUUUUCGUUCUGGUCGUGGUACGUCCGACAUGAUCUUUUCAGCCAGGCAGCUUCAAGAAAAGUGUCGUGAACAGCACAUGGAUCUAUUUAUGGUCUUUAUUGACUUGGUCAAAGCGUUUGACUCGGUUGAUAGAACUGGCUUAUGGAAAGUCCUUUUGAGGCUUGGCUGCCCGGUUAAGAUUGUGAAUCUAAUCAAAGCCUUUCAUACUGGUAUGAUGGCUUGUGUUGUCGAGGAUGGGUCAAAGUCAGAAAUGUUUGCAGUAAACAACGGAGUGAAACAGGGCUGCGCUCUAGCACCUACUCUUUUUAGCAUUUUGUUUUCCGUGGUUUUAAAUGAUGCCUUCAAGAACAUCCGAGAGGGUGUUCGAGUUGAGUUUAGAACUACUGGAGGUGUAUUCAAUCUCAGGCGCUUACAAGCCAAAACAGGUUUCUAAGACUCUACUGAGAGAACUCUUGUUUGCUGACGAUUGUGCAUUAGUUGGUCACACAUAUGAAGACAUUCAACACAUUGUCAACUGUUUAGACAGAUCAACUAAACGUUUUGGCUUGAGUAUCAGCUUGAAAAAGACAGAAGUGCUUUUUCAACCACGUCCAGGCUCAAACUAUAACCCUCCUCCAGUUAUGAUUGGUGAUCACCCAUUGUCUUAUGUCAGCAAUUUCAAGAUAUCAAAGGCCAGUGCUGCUUUUGGUAAAUUGUACAACAGACUCUGGUAAAGGCAUGAAAUCAAACUGACCACGAAGGUUGCAGUUUACAAAGAAGUAGUCUUAUCAGUUCUAUUGUACGGAUGCGAUUCAUGGACCCUUCUUCGUCGUAACCUCAAAAGUUUGGAGAGUUUUCAUCUGCGAUGUCUUCGCCGCAUAUGUGGAAUCCAGUGGACUGACUAUAUA